AUGCUGGCCUGUCUGCCAGGGCCAGGUGACCUCUCCCUCCAGCCUCUCCCCCACACGCAGAUGAACACGGGACCUCAGAAAUGGGACACCACACAAAGGAUGAGAUCCGCUCAGUUUCCAACCCCUGCAGAAUUGGACGCAUAUGCUAAGAAGGUUGCCAACAACCCCCUCACCAUCAAGAUCUUCCCUAAUAGCGUCAAGGUACCCCAGAGAAACCACGUGCGGCGCACAGUCAACGGGCUGGAUACAUCAGGCCAGCGCUACAGCCCCUACCCUCCCUCUCAGGCCAGUGCCAAGGCGGGUCUUCUCGCCAUUGUCAAGGUACCCAUGGUCAAAGGUAUCCUCAAGGAUUUUGACGGUAGCCGGACUCGCUUACACCCUGAGGUAAUCAUGAACCCCCCUACCGGGCCCUAUCAAGUGGCUUCAACCAGCACUUUAAACCACCACCAUCUGCCUCCUCAAGGCCUAUCCCGGCCCCAGCAGAGCUUACCCCCCCAACAACAGACCAAUCCGCAGACUCUACAGAUGCUCUCUCAGCAGCAAGGUCCAGCUCAGGGCCUUAGACAGCCUCCUCCUAUAGCCCAGCUAUCCCAGGGCGUGCCCAGACCCCAGACUCUGCCUCAACCCCCAGUCCUGGGCCAUCCCCAGGGUCCCUCUACAGUCAUGCUCCAGCAGCAGCAGCAGCAGCAGCAGCAGCAGCAGCAGCACCUUCAGCAGCAGCCACCUCCUGGCCUUCAGGGGGGCAGGAAGCUGCCAGAUGGUGAGGCUCCACCUAAUGUUACUGUCUCUACCUCAACCAUUCCACUAUCCAUGGCUUCUGGUAUACACCAGGGCUGCCAGGCCGACCUGAGCACUAUUGUGCAUCAGAUAAAUCAGUUCUGUCAAGCUCGGGCCCAGGGUGCUGGAGCCACCUCCAUGUGUGAGGGCCAGAUUGCCAACCCUAGCCCCAUAAGUCGCAACUUGCUCAUUAGCGCCUGCUCCAGGGUCUCCAUGCAUAGCAACCCCACCACCCCUGGGUUUCCCAACUGCAUUAUCGCCCCCCCAGAGAAAGCCAGUGCCCCAGUGGGGGCUCACCCUCCAUCAAGCAUGGCUGCUAUGAACCACUUGUCCGCAUACCACAAUGAAAUCAAGCAGCAACAUAACCUACAACAGCAUCUACACCAACAGCAGAACCAACAACAGCACCAUAAUGCACAGCAGCAGAAAAUGCGCUCUUGGAAUCAGCAUAAGCUGGCCCACUUGCCCCAUAUUCAGAAUGAUGUGAGCCAACCCUGCAAGCAGCCUUCCCGGGACCCUGGCUUCCCUUGUAAGGGUAUGAGCUACUAUCCAGAGGUAUGUAUGAACCAGCCUUACGCCCUGAAACCUCCUAUAGAGAAGCCUACUCCCUCUCCCCCUGUCAACAGCAACAUGCCUGGUCCUAUGGCCCACUACACCAAUGGCCACUAUUUCCAGUCCCACAUUUGGAACAGCAGCAUUUUGCCAACACCAAACAGCGACAGCUCUGGGUCUCAGGAUCUGCCCAUGCCAUUCCACGGUGCGGGGCCCGGAGGAACCACCAUGCUAGACUGCGGUCCCCCUGGGGGUGCCCAUUACAGGCUAGGAACAGGGUCCUCCUCCACCCAGACUAAACUGAUGCAAACAGCAGAUUACUUGGGCGGGGAUUUCCAGACGCCCUAUUUCCGAGAUCAGAAUCUCGGGUCGAUGGGCAAGAUGCACAGGCCGCCCAUGAGCAGGGUAGGUCCAGAGGUCGGGGAUGGCAGAACCGCUCUCAUCCAACACCCAGGGUACAGAUAA